AUGAUAAAAUUAACAGCAAUUAAAGAAGAAUAUCAUUUAAAAGAUGGAUGGUUCAAAAAUAUUAUUGAAUAUGGAAAAGACGAAAUAUCAUUGAUGAAAGAAAAACUGAAUUUAAUAGAUGAAAAUAAGUUACAAAUGAUACCAAUAAUGAAGCGACAUAUUGCUGCUGUUGAUUUCAUACAAACAGCUUUAUUAGCAUUUAAAGCAUUAUGCAAACGUGAAAUUCAUGGGACAUGUAAUAUGGAUAUGGAUACGACAAAUAUCACUACUACAAGUGUUAUCAGAGAUAUUAGUGAUAAAAAAAUAGGCGAUAUUAUUCAUGAAAAAACCAUCAUUGGUGAAAAUGUUAAAGGCGGUAAUAGUAGUAGUGAUAGUAGUAGUGAUAAUGGAAGAAAGAUAACGAUUGAUCCAAAUAGUGAUAAAUAUAUUGGUAUACCAAGUGAUGAAGAUGUUAUAAGCAAUAUAAUUGAAAUACCGGAAUGGGCAUGUAACGAGAAGCAUUCCACAAAUUAUAUCAUUUAUUGUCAAGGCGAAUUACUUCAUGCUGUAAUGAUGCUUAACAUUUUCAAAGAUUCAAAAACAUUUGUUGAUAAACCAUUAAAACGUGAUCCAACUGAAAUUGCAUCAGAUUUUAAGAAAAAAUUUCCACGUGAUAUUACAGUAAAUGAUCGUGAAGCUAUACGACAAUUUAUUGAUGAAAAUUUUGACGAAGAGGGGCACGAAUUAGAAAAAUGUGAAUUAGUGGAUUGGGAAGAGCAACCAGAGAAACUCUUAUCAAUAACUGAUCCACAAUUACGCCAAUUUGCAUUAAAUGUUAAUUUAAUUUGGAAAAGUUUAUGUCGAACAAUUAAAAAAGAAGUUAUGAAAUACCCAGAACGACAUUCAUUAUUAUAUGUACCAUAUGAGUUCAUUGUUCCUGGUGGUCGUUUUCGGGAAUUCUAUUACUGGGAUACUUAUUGGGUAAUUAAAGGUCUUCUUGCUUCAGGUAUGCAAGAGACAUCACGUCGAAUAAUUCUUAAUUUUGAAUAUUUGGUAAAAACAAUUGGCUUUAUACCAAAUGGUGGUCGAGUGUACUAUUUGCGCCGUUCACAACCACCACUUUUUAUACCAAUGGUUUAUGAGUAUUAUAUGGCAACUGAAGAUGAUGAUUUUUUACGUUCCAUAAUGAAUACUAUGGAAAUGGAAUUCAAUUUUUGGAAAACAAGUCGAAUGAUUAAUGUAACGAUUAAUGAAAGAAAUCAUUCAGCGUUUUAUUAUCGUGCAGAUAGUAAUGUACCACGACCAGAAUCAUAUCGCGAAGAUUAUCAAACAGCAGAACGAGUUGAUCGACAAAGAAGGCGUAAAUUAUGGCGUGAUAUAGCAAGUGCUGCUGAAUCGGGUUGGGAUUUCAGUAGCCGAUGGUUUCAAAACAGGAAAAGUAUGGAUACCAUUGUUACAUCUGAUAUUAUUCCAGUUGACUUAAACGCUUUCAUGUAUUGGAAUAUGAAAAUUCUAGCACAUCUUCAAGGAGAAAUUGGUAAUAUAUUUUAUUACUUUUCUGAGUAA